AUGGACACAUCAGAAACAUCUUCCUUCCGGUUUAGAAGUUCAGGGGCUGACCAACAACAUAUGGACAAGCCUCCUUUGGCCAACGGAUCUUCUAGACCAUCUACAUCUGCCAUCAUACCUCAUCAAGGCAAUGAGAAUGGCUCUUCCCCUACUCACAACCCACAAAUCCAUCCUCUCUACUCAUUUCUAGAUUCUUUCACCUAUCCACCACCUGCGACUUCUCCUCCUGUUGAGCCUGUACCCACGCUCGCUUCCGCUCCACCUCCUGAACAAGGCCCAUCUCACUCGACCUUGUACGCUCCUCCACGCCGCAGGCUAACUUAUCCCUCUCAGCCCAUUUCUACUCCACCCACUUCAACUCAUCCCAUCUCUUCUCAGCUCAUUUCCAAUUCACAGCCCACUUCCCUCGACGCUUCAACCACCUCCCCAGAUCAACCCAUCUCCGUCCAGCCCAUCUCCCUCGACACUCCAACUACCUCCCAGACUCAGCCCAUCUCCGUGCAGCACAUCUCCGUGCCUGCAUCUUCCAUCCCACUACAUCCAUCCACACCUUCCAGCCCACAGCUUCCAGCGACAUCUCGCCCAACCACUAGGGCCUCCCGGGGCAUCUUCCGCUCCAUCCACAAACUCAAUCUUCAUGUCCAAUCCACAAUUACCAUUUCCCCUCUUCCCCGUUCUCAUCUUCAUGCACUUAGGGACCCAAACUAG